CAUGCUGGAGACAUUUCGUGAUCACACAGAUCUGUUUUUCACUUGAGCUGAAGAAUCUACGCUGCUCUCUUCAACCCAAACAUGGAAGAACAUCAUUUCAACACCAACAUGACCAGAAACUUUGGAUCCAACCUCAUGAAUGAUGCUGAGCUGAGGAUCGUGAUGGUGGGGAGGACUGGAGUAGGGAAGAGUGCUACUGGGAACACCAUUCUGGGAUGGUGCCGCUUUCAGUCCAAGUGCAGUCCGAAGUCUUUGACUGUGGAUUGUUCUAAAGAUAAAACUGUGGUGGAUGGACAAACAGUUGCUGUCAUUGACACCCCGGGCCUGUUUGACACCAGGUUUGGUCAGGAGAAGACAACCAAAGAUUUGAGCCAGUGUGUCACCUAUGCUGCUCCUGGACCCCAUAUCUUCCUGGUGGUCAUUGCUCUGGGCAGGUUCACUGAAGAGGAAAAGCAAACGGUGCAGAGGAUUCAAGAUAUCUUUGGCCAGGCUGCUGACAAAUACAGCAUGGUCCUCUUCACUCAAGGAGACGUCCUUGAAGACACCACUAUUGAAGAAUUCCUAUCUGAGAGUCCAGAGUUACAGGAGCUUGUAGCCAGAUGUAACGGCCAGUACCAUGUCUUCAACAACAAGCUGAAAGAUAAGAAACCUCAAGUCACUCUGCUGCUCCAGAAGAUCAGAAAUAUCGUGCAGAAGAACGGAGGAAGCCAUUACACCAACGAGAUGUUCCAGGAGGCCGAGAGGGCAAUUGAAGAGAAAAAACAAAGCAUAUUGAGAGAGAAGGAAGAGAAAAUCCGUAGAGAGAAAGAAGAACUGGAGAGAAAAGUGAAAGAAAAGUAUGAAAAAGAGAUGGAGAAAAUCAACAAGCAACUCCAGGCUGAGAGAGAGAGGGAAAAGAAGGAGAGAGAGGAGGAGAGGAAGAGGAUGAAGGAGGAGAUGGAUGAGGAGAAAAAAAGAGAGAGGGAGAGGAGAGAUGCAGAAAGAGAGAAGGAGAGAGAGGAUAGACAAAAAGAGUUGUCAGUUAUGAUGGGUAAAUUAAAAGAGCAGCAGGAACAGGAAGUCAGAGAGCAAAAGGAGAAACUGCAGUCCAAAUAUGAGACUGAGGCCAGAACAGAAGCUGAGGAGGGAAAUCCUUUCUAUCACCUGAUACAAGCUGGGAAGCACGUUGUUGGUUUUGUUAAAAGCCUGGGUAGUUUGCUACCGUGGCGCAAAUAGUGCAGCCGUCUCACAGUAAGAAGGUCCUGGGUUCAAUUCCCGCCGGGGACGCUGUGGGCGCUGAGUGCAUGUUAAGUUCCCCCAUGACUUCAGCGCCCACACCCUGGGUGGGGUUGGCGAAAGGGCCUUUCUGUGUGGAGUUUGCAUGUUCUCCCCGUGUUCCCUUGGGUAGCUAAUGGGAGCUACCCUCACAAAAACAUGCACACAGUCCUGGGCUAUACAGUGCCCCCUCUGGCCAACCGGGGCGCCAGAUGGGGUGGGGAGGAUCUGGCCGGAAUAACGUGAUCCUUCCACGUGCUACGUCCGGCCGGAGAAACCCCACCCUGUCUGGUGAAAAGAAGCUGCUCACUCCUCAGGAUAAGGAGGAGACCUGAGCUCAGUGCAGGGCCCUCCCGGGGUUGGUAGAGGGAGCAAUGCCCAGGACUGUCACUUAGGUAGGAGCAAAAUGGGGGAAAAAAUCAGGAUAUAAAAAAAGAAAAAACAGCCUGUUUAAAUAAAAUAGUUGAAAAUAGCAUCUGCUGGUGAAACAUGGUGAACCGGUGGUUACUGCUUAAAACAGGAAGCACGUUCAAAGUUGGCUACAGGAAUUUACCAGCUUAAAACACCUGCUCAGAAACAAUAUAAAAUGUAGAAGUUAAACUUCACCUACAGAUAUAUAAAGACCUCCUUUUUUCCCUCUCUAGUUAUCCUUUGUAAUUAUAGUGACAGAAAUACAGCUACAGUAGAUGCUUUGUGACGAUAAAGUCACUACUAGUUUCAUAGUCUUUCCAUUUUAAUAAUCAUUGCUGUGGUUAUUUGCUAAUUAUUCAUAUUUUUAGACCACAUUUUCUGUAAUAAAAUACUUUGGUUGCUCAGGUUUUCUGGUUCAUAACUAUGUUCAUCACUAGAACAAUGUUUUCACAUGAUUUGAUGUGUGAUUGACAGCUCUUAGAUCUUGCUGUUAUGUGUUGAGCUUUUUUUGGUAUUUUAUGUAACAGUGUUAGCCAGAUUUUUUUUAAUCUGUCUUUCAAUAGUUUUUAAUUAAGGUCUUCAUGUUAUGUUUUGUGAUCAUCACUGAUCUUUUCAUGAUUAACAAUUGAAAUAAAGAUGCAAAUAUUACAA